AUGUCCUUCUCUCCUCAACUCAGCCCGUUGGUAACCUCCUACCAAAGCUAUUCUCUUCCGAAUGAUGCUCAGCAUGGGAACCAAACAACCAUGCCGACACUGGAGAAAGCCGUUUCAAGCACAAAUCUCGACUUGUUUGGUGCAUUCUUUCAAGACGUGUCCAAGCGAAGCCGGCAUCAGUGUGACGACUAUCUGUCCAGUGAUUCACGCUUUCAUUUACGCCGAGAUCUAAGAAACCUAGCACUCAGUUGUUAUUCGGAGCACUCACCCAAUCUCGCAGAUAUGCUCGACCAGACAGCCCCAUCUCCACCGCCAUUGCUUGGAUUAGACAACCAGACAAAAGUGGAUGCUGUCUCGCCGAUGAUGCGAUUGUUCCAACUGACCACCACCGUCCUAUACGUGCUCAAUAUUCUCAAUAUCAUCACCAACCUGUUUGCUUAUGCCGUCUUUCGUAGGCAGAUACAGACCUCUGCCAGUCAGACUAGUGGUGGUGUGAUGGUUUCUCAGCAUGUUCUCUUUCGAUUGCUGCAAGCUCUUUCACUGGCCGAGGUUUUCUUUCAGUUUUGCUUCCUAGUUUCAACCUAUCUCGAAGAGCAGCCGUACAAAGGGAAUUUAGCAUUCUACUCCCGUACUCCGAGGACACUAUCUCUCCACCUACUUCACAACUCUUCUGCUUCGUCUUCAUACAAUGACACUGAGUUUCCUUUUGCCAAAGUUUAUUGUGUUCUAUUUCUUCAAAUCUUUAUACCAUUAUUUGCUGCCUCGCAUAUCUACCGCAAUUGGUUAGUAGUGCUCAUCAGCAUCUACCGGUUCGAGGCUGUCAUGUGGCCUGUACUGACACGAAAGCGUUUCGUUUCGCCGAACCGUGUAACCAGCUUCUGUGUCGGCAUCGCCGCUUGUGCCAUCCUUGCCAGUCUUCCACGCAUGGUGGAGCGCAAUUGUCUAAUUUGCCCAAUCAGAAUUCCCUGCAUUUUUCCAGAUAACAAUUCACUCACGUUGCCUCCGAAGAGGUCUUUAUCCGGUUUUCCCGUUCUCAAAACAAUCGGCCAGAUUGACAAAACGUCGCAGGCCGGCUUGCCCCAAAUGGAAGUACACGGCAAUGUGAUCAUUGGAUUCGGCAAGCGUGGUUUGGGCUGGCGUUCCUACAAUUACGCUUACGUAAUCACCACUCUCUUCGUUCUCCAGACUGGAGGACCAAUCCUUCUGGUGUGCUAUCUUGGGGUGAGUAUCAUCAUCGGCAUUAGUAGGCACGCUAGGAAGCGCAACCAAUUAUUCAACGGUCAGAAAUCCCUUCACGCAACUUCGGCCUAUCCCACUCAGUCUGACCACUUAUUGUCGGCAGCAGUAUUUUUAACUAAACCCCAUGCCCCAGCCUCAUUCCCAUCUUCAUCCCUCGAGAUGCUGGCCUCAGGGAAGACUCCCUCUUUAGAAUACUCACGUCACAGAACAGCGUCAUGUGAGCCGCUGCCUCUCAUGUCGAUGCCUCUGAAUGCGAGUACAGACGGUGUCAACAGGGACAGGCCAAACGAGCAAUCGAGUUUAUUGUUGUCCAACCGGUCUGUAUCAUUUGGUGGGAACAAUAAGAAUAUGCCUCUGGCUCAAGAAGAACAUUCAACGCGAAUACGAGAAUCAGGCAAAGAAAACGGACUUAUUGGCGGAGAGUCAGAGCUGACACCCAAAUUGCCUGAAUUCACACAAAGGCCACAGAAGGAGCAUGAUCUGCCACGAGUU